AUGGAUUACAUUUAUCAUGCUCUUACCAUACCAAUGGCAUACUGGAAUGAGCCCCAUAACACCCAAACCAUCGAACUAGCUGUUAUAGGACACUAUGUGUUUGGGUUUGGGAAACUGAACAUGGGUAGGUACAUAAUCCACCAUUUGAUCAGAGAUGCCACAUCCAGUACCCAGUCUCGCACCCCCAUUUGUAUAGGAGGCCUUAUCACUAGAAUAGCAGUGAAAAAGCUGCUCUACUUCUCUUUCUCUCUCCUCAUUCUCUUUCUCUCUCCUUCUCUCUCUUCUCUGUUCGUCUCCUUCUUUCUCUUUCGAUCUCAUCUCCUUCUUUCUCCUGUUCUUCUCCUUUGUUCUCAUCUCCUUCUCUCUCUUUUUCUCUUUCGUUCUUCCCCGAUUCUCGUCCAGUUAAUUGAAUACCACCUUCGAUCUCAUCCCCUUCUUGUUCGAUCUACAUCAACAUCAAUAGCAAUUUCUGGGUAUUUUUCGAGUUUGGAGACUACUUUGAGAAAUUAUUUAUGCUUGACCUCUAGAGACAACAUCAUGGUGGCAUAUAAAAACAAGAAGUAUUACGUUGACAUUAUUGAAACAAAGCCCUCUCAUGCAAUCAGUAUAAUCGAGACAGACUGUGAGGUGGACUUUGCCCCUCUUCUUGAUUAUAAAGAGCCUGAAAGACCUGCAAUAUCUGCUCUUGGCAAGGCACAGCUCAAGGUGGCUGUCGGAAGAUGUUAUCUAUACGCAAGGCUGUUGCUGCCUCGCCAAGGCUCGCUGCUGCAGUUGCUGCCUCGCGAGGUGUUACAUUGGUGAUUUGGUGUGACUUUGUAUUUAACAGUGACUUGUAUUUUUUUUUUGGACCAAAAUUGUAAUAUUACGACCUUUUUUUAAUGAAAAUAUGUAAGUUUAUAUA